GUAAACUCUGGGAGUUGUUGAUGGACAGGGAGGCCUGGCGUGCUGUGAUUCAUGGGGUCACAAAGAGUUGGACACGACUGAGGGACUGAACUGAACUGAAUUUGGUAUUAAUUGAAUUUGUGUGAAUCUACAUGUACUUGCUGUUCUUUAGGCCAUUUGUAAACUGAUCAUAUGCUGAUCUUCAUAAAAUUAUCUGUGAAGAAUAGUUUCUGAAUUUACUUUUAAUUGUCAAUGAAAUGAUGAGUCACAUUCCUGUCAUUAAUUAGAUAGAUUUUGGGGUUUUUGCUUGUUUUAUUUUUGGUAGUUCACCAAUAUAGCACAAAAGCUCUUAAGAGUGAUAAAUUAAUCAGUAAUAGAAGAAACUAUUGGACCAUGUUUACUGGUAUAAUCAGGAAUGGAGACACUGAAAAGAGUUUAGUACAUGUUGCGGGAGAGAAAAAAAAAGACUAAUACGUGUGAAGAUUAAAUAAAGGGCUCAAAGUUAUUUAGCCAGAAAGAUGUGAUGUAAUGUCUUUAUGUAUACAAAGAUUCAUUACAGAAUAUAAUGACUAGUUAUUGUUCAUCUCUGUUGAAAUCUAAAAAGAAAAAUGUUCAAGGGUAGAAAUAUUCAAUGUAAACUUAACCAAUACUUAGAACGAUAGUCUGAAGGUUGAUGGACAGACAUUAGAAGACUUGUGAUGGGACAGCUCUCUUGGGAAGAGGAAAGAGCUUUAAAUAUAGCAGUCUCCUCUGUCAUGAAUGAUGCCAAGUCCCGCGUUAUGGCAGAGGGCUGGACUAGUUGGCUUCCAGAGGCCCCUUCCAAACCUGGAAUUCUCUGGUCACUUCUGCCGCUAGCCUUCAGAAGCUGGAGUCAGCCAGUCACAGCAGCCAGCUGCCCUUUCAGGAGCUCCAGCAGUGCCGAGGAGGCAGCGCGAGCAGCAGCUGUCCCCGCCGGAGAUUUCGUCCAGAGGGAGUCAGGUCAGCGCGUCCCUUCCUCCGCCUUCCCGGCUCUGCGCGCCGCGGCUCCGGAGGCCCGGCGGCCGUGGGCCGGACACCCCAGCCACCGACACGCCCUCUGACGGGGGCAGGCGGGAUGGCUGUUGCGCUGGCGCUGGUGGAGGGCCUCGCACCGGGCGGCUCGGGUGGCACCACCCCACCCGUCCCCGUGACGCCGCCCUGCAGGGCGCCGGCCCAGGUGCCCCCGGGCACGCGGUCGCGCCCCGGCCCCGGCCCCGGCCCCGGCCCCGGCCCCCGGCCCCCGGCCCCGGCUCCCGCGGGAGGGCGCGGGAGGGAUGCUCCGGCCGGGGGGCUCACCCAGUCUCCCGCAUCCGUACCCGCCCCGCGGGCUCCGCGCAGAGGAGGGAAAGAGGAGGGCUGGGGAGGCUGGGUGCUGGAGGAGGGAGCGCGGGGCGGCGCCGCUCCCGGCCACAGCCUCCGCCCCUCCCGCGGGCGGCUCGGCUCUCCUGCACCCUCUCCCGGUCUCUCGCGCCCCCGCACGUCUCCUAGCGCUGAGGGGAGCGCAGCCCGCGCGGAGGGGAGCGCAGUCCGCGCGGAAGGGAGCGCAGUCCGCGCGGAGAGGAGCGCAGCCGCGCGGAGGGGCCGGCGGGGGCGCGCGCUUGCAGGGCGCCGCUCGCGCCGGCGCUCGCGGGCGGGGACGCGCGGGGGCUCCUCGCUCCGGCAAACGGCGGCGGCGCCAGCGGAGCCCCGCCGCGAAGAUGCUCAAAGUCACGACGCCCUCGUGCUCCGCCUCGUCCUGCUCCUCGGUCACCUCCACCGUGGCCCCGGGGCCCGGGAGCCUGGUGCCGGAUUACUGGGUCGACGGCUCCAACAGGGAUGCUCUGGGCGAUUUCUUCGAGGUGGAGUCGGAGCUGGGACGGUGGACAAAAAAAUCGUAAGAACUGAGAUAGGAGUUCUUCUUCGCCUCUCACAUCCAAACAUUAUAAAACUUAAAGAGAUAUUUGAAACCCCUACAGAAAUCAGUCUGGUCUUAGAACUCGUCACAGGAGGAGAGCUGUUUGACAGGAUUGUGGAAAAGGGAUAUUAUAGUGAACGAGAUGCCGCAGAUGCUGUCAAACAGAUCUUGGAGGCAGUCGCUUACCUACAUGAAAAUGGGAUUGUCCAUCGUGAUCUCAAACCAGAGAAUCUUCUCUAUGCAACUCCGGCACCAGAUGCACCGCUCAAAAUUGCUGAUUUUGGACUCUCCAAAAUCGUGGAACAUCAAGUACUCAUGAAGACAGUAUGUGGAACCCCAGGAUACUGCGCACCUGAAAUCCUUAGAGGCUGUGCCUAUGGACCCGAGGUGGACAUGUGGUCUGUGGGAAUAAUCACCUACAUCUUACUUUGUGGAUUUGAACCAUUCUAUGAUGAGAGAGGUGAUCAAUUCAUGUUCAGGAGAAUUCUGAAUUGUGAAUAUUACUUCAUCUCCCCCUGGUGGGAUGAAGUAUCUCUGAAUGCCAAGGAUUUGGUCAGAAAAUUAAUUGUACUGGAUCCUAAGAAAAGGCUGACUACCUUUCAAGCUCUCCAGCACCCGUGGGUAACAGGUAAAGCAGCCAACUUUGUACACAUGGAUACAGCUCAAAAGAAGCUCCAAGAAUUCAAUGCCCGGCGCAAGCUCAAGGCGGCGGUCAAGGCCGUGGUGGCCUCCUCCAGGCUCGGCAGUGCCAGCAGCAGCCACAGCAGCGUCCAGGAGGGUCGCGCUAGCCGGGAGCCAUCUCCACCUCAGGCUGGCGACGAGGGCGUUCCGGGGGGCGAGGGGCCCCCUGGGGCAGCUGAAGGGGCUGGGGUGGAGCUACCGGAGGUGCAGGCGGGGGAGGAGGUCAGCGGUGAUGAUGGAGACCCGGCCCCCAGGAUGGAGCCCGCGGUGUGGGAGGAGGAGAUGGAGGGGACCGACCCGGAGAUGGAGGGGCACCCGGCCGGGGAGACGCGGGCGACCGCUGGAGCUGCGGCAGCCCCUGGAGGAAGCGAGGAGGACCCUGCCCUGGAGGUCGGAGCUCAGCAGGGUGACUCAGUCCUGCCGGAGGACUAGUGGCUUUCUUCCCAUGUGGGAGCCAAAUCUGGGCACUUUGUGCGUUUUGUCCUUCAGCAAGGAAGGUGGAAGCAUGAUGUGCACUAUAGUGUGAUUCUUUUUCUGAGGUGCAAAAAAUACAUACGUAUCAGUUGGUAAUCCUAACUUCAAUGCAUGUGACUGCUUUAUGAAAAAAUAGUGUCUCCUAUGGUACGUAAUGGAUAUCAGAUACUGAUGAAUUAAAUUUGAAAUUGCAAGUAAACACAACAUAUAAAAACAUACAUUUUCAGGGACCAGUAGUGGCACAGUUGAGGUAAAUAGUAACAAAUUGUUUUUGCUUUGAAAACCUGGUCAUCCUUCACCCUUUGGAUUUCUUCAGAAGGUAAUUCCUUUGGACUGUUGCUCAGCUAAUACUAGGUAGAGCUAUAAGAUGUAUUCCCAUGACAUUUACAAUAUCUUCAGUAAUGUGUUCAAACUGUUUACAAGAAGAUGGUUAGGUUAUAGUUGUAUGUGCAAAAAAAAGUUGCAAAAAUACCACUUAUAAUGGUAAGAAACUGAAGCGUAUUUUAAGGGCUAUGAAACCAUAUGCCCGUAAACCUUGUGUGGAGAAUGCUUUUUUUAUCUUGUCUUUAUUUAUAUACACCAUAUUACUAAUAACCCAAAAUGUUCUAUCACAAAAUUCUACCAUUUUAUAGUCCUGGAAAAAAGUCUUUUACAAACUCAUGCUGAGGAAUUUAUUCUCAGCUUCACCUGCUCCCUAAUAAGAAGUCCUUAUGAUGGGCAGCACUUAGAAGUGGGAAAAAGAAACUUAGAGAAAAAAGAAAAACUGGACUUAGACUGUGAAGACUGACUUUGCCAUUUCAAAUAAAAUUGAAUUUAUUCAUGAGCUUGUACAGUUUUAAAGAUAGGAACAUUUUUAUGGAUAAAUUCUAUACUAACCAAGGUUCUAAAUUUAUAAAAAAUCUAUACGAAUGGCUGGUGCAAAAAUGUCUGAAUAGAGUGAGAGUAAUAUCCCACUGUAAGAUCAUUCAUUAUUUAAUUCACUAUAGUAAGGAAGGGGCUUCCCCAAUGGCCCAGCAGUAAAGAAUCAGCCUGCGAUGCAGGAGAUGUGGGUUUGAUCCCUGGGUCAGGAAGAUUCCCUGGAGGAGGAAAUGGCAACCCACUCCAGUAUUCUUGCCUGGAAAAUCCCAUGGACAGAGGAGCCUGGUGGGCUAUAAUCCAUGGGUUUGCAAGGGAUCGGAUACAAUUGAGCAUGCACACACAUAGUAAGAAAACAUUUUUGUUUAUAAAAGUUCUUUUUUCCUUCAAUUGAUGGUUCUUUAGAUAUAUUGCUUAUGGGCUAAAGAUAUUUCUAAAAAGCUAGUAUACUUUUUUCUCAUGCUUGGAAUGGAAGCACUCAUAAUUCACAAUUUAGUUUUGAAAGUUUCCAUGUUGAAAAACUUAGGACAGUGCAACUUUUCAUUUAGUUUAAUAAACAAAAACAAAGGGAAAAAAUAAACUUUGAUUUAAAAUCAGACUCUUGAGAAGCUGUAACAUUAGACCUAAUACUUCACCAUGAUUUUUUUCAAAAUAUUUUUCUUUGGUUUUCACAUAAACACUUUUUACUUAUAAAAACUCACAGUUAAAUUCCAAACAUCUCAGAUUUAUCUCUAGUUUGAGCUUAAAUGGACAUUUUAAUCAACUUAGUUAUAUAGCAUAUUUUAGUAGGUUUCCUUAAUUUAAAAAAAUUAUUUUCAGGCCAAAAUUUUGGACAAUAAAAAUGACUAUCAGAUAAAAAUCCUCAUCAAAAAGAGAGGUCUUAAAUUCUUUUGGUGAUUCCUCAGAACUAUUAAGUUGGAAAAUUAAACCUAUGGAUUCUGGGGACUGUCAGACCUUGUAGACGUUCUGCUUUCCAAGUGCAGGUCUUAACUUCACUACUGUUCUCAUGAGGAAAAUAAAGGAGGACUUCUUGUCUUCCCUCAUAUAAGGGCCUGACGGGUCACUGACAUGGAAGAGGAGGCCCACAAGGCUCACAGCUGUGAGCAUCUGAGAAAGAAUGCUUUAGUUUGUUUUAUGUUCAUUAACUAGUAGAGACUAUUUAUCUUCUUUACUGUCUCUUUCCUUCUUUAUUCUCUCAGUUUCCAUUUUAGGUAUUAUAAGAGGCUGACUAGGUUUAACCUUUUAAGAAUGCCUUAUUCCCUAAGCAUUAAGAUUUCCAUUUUAGUGGCCGAGUAAUAUUCCAUUGUGUAUAUGUACCACAGCUUUCUCAUCCCUUGUGUCCUUUCCCGAGGAGACUUCCUGUGAAGUCUCUCUACAUGGUUAGGUGAUAGAUGGCAAGCGCCCCAUAUAUUUGGAAAAGGGAAGAAGAGAGGGAAAGGAAUCUUAAUGGAAUGGGGCAUACAGUCAGAUGAAGACACAGGGUCCCCCCAGCCCACGUCCCUGUCCCCCCAGCCCCCGUAUCACCCCAGCCCUCUCGGCUGCCUGCAUGGGUCGGACCUGGGGACCGUGUUGUGUGAAGAGCGCUGCAGAUCCAGGAGCCAGUGUGCGUUUAAGAACUCACCCAGUUACACCAGCGCACACGCCCGCUCCCUGAGGAGUGAGGGUGUGAGUGUCAUUUCCUCUUUUUAACCUGCAGCUUGCAUUCUCAAAAUGAGAGGGAGUUUUAGAUAUUGAUUUGAAUGUUAAAAAUUAAGACCUGAUAAUGCCUAAACGACUGAGAGAGUCAUUUCAGUGGAAAACAAGCUUUCACAAAAAUCUAUCAUUUCAUCCAAAUGAUUCAACCUGAGAUUUCAUAGAGAUGCUAUUUAAAUUACCAUAGUUAACAUUUUUGAAAAAACAAUACACAUUUAUAUUCCCUGUUAAAAUGGGAUAUAUUAUCUCUCUCAAAGAGUACUUAGCUAAAUAAUAGUAGACUAAUGCAGAUAGAACCUUAACUUGAUGAAUUAUUUUGUAAUGUUUCCUUUAUUUGAUGAUAUAGUCACAAAGCAAAAUGAUCAAGGGAAUUUCAGCAAACAAUAAACUACAUUUUGCAUUUUAGAACUGACAGUUAUUAUAUUGUGUUAUUGAUUUUUGUUCUCAAAUAAGUUCAGAUACAUAGCAUAAACCAGACUAUUUUGCCACAGAGACGAACAAUCUUGAAUUAUUUUCCCCAUUAAAAAAGUCUAAUUGGAAUCCCAGUGGUUUUUUCUCAAACCAGAAGAGCACAUUUGUCCCACAAAUACAUAAGUAAGGUAGAAAUUAGAAUGACACUGUUAUAGACGUUAUUGUCUAGAAAAAGUCCCGCCUGAUAUGAAUGAUACAAGCCACAUAUGUAAUUUUAACUUUUCUCUUAGACACAUUUUUUAAAGUAAAAAAAAAAAGCUGAUAAAAUUAACUGUAUAUUUUAAUAUAUCCAAACUAUUAUUCUAAUAUAUAAUCAAUAUGAAAAACUAACACAAUGUUUUAAAUUUUUUAUUUUUGUAUUGAGUUUUGAAAAGUGGGAUGUGUUAGCAUUUUGGUGCAUCAAGUGACCAGCAGCCACCUGUGAGCAGUGGCUGCUCGUCUGGAAGAGCGCCGGGCCAGAGCACCGUGAGAGCAAAGGACACUCGAACGUCUGCGCGUGGGUCUGAGCUGCCUCAGUUUCCCACACUGAUCAGUUGGCAGGAGGCCAAAAAGAAAAUGUUUCAGAAAUGUCAUAGACUUAAGUGAGUACAAACUCUGUUGGCCACGUCUGUUCCAUCAGGUGCUUCAGAGGAGGCGUGUCUCCCAGCGUGACUUUAGAGAACUGUGCUUUCCUGCGCGUCGGUAAGUUGUCCGUUGGCCACAGCUCCUCUCAUCCCUCUUUGGACCCCGGAAUCUGGACCACAGGCCAGAGUCUCGGACAGCCAUGAAUCCAGUCAUGUUCUCACAAACCAAAAUCUACGGUGGGCGAACAGGUUUCCUCAUUCAAGAAGGGCUGCACAUAGAACCUCAGUGGGAUUUUGUAGGCUUCUGAAACACAGAUUUACAUGAUAAAGACUGAUGAAGAUGACAUCAUCUCUGCUAUCCCUAAAAUGAGACUAUGACCAUCGGUUGACAUUUUUUAGAUUUCUUUAGACGGGUUUAAUCAACACUGCCAUUACGCAUUGAUUCAAAAGACUUUUGGAAUUUUCUUAAAUAUUGCUAUGUUACAAUAAUCCUCAAGGUUCUAUAGCCACUUUUAGUGGCAGACGUUAAAAGGAACAGUUUGCCUUUUACUGUGACCUCAAUUACAUAGUAUUUUAACCAUAUUUUGUAAUUUAGAAUGUUUAGCAAUCCUUAUUUUUCUGGUUUCACAUGCAGGGUAACUGCUUGUGGAUUGCCCGUAGGCUGAAGAUUUAGAGAAAGUAAUUUUGUUUUUGUUUCAUAAUUCAGUUAUUUCACAGAAGCAUCUGGUUGCAUUUCAAAUUGCAAAAUAAAAGAAGUAAAUGUCAAAAAGACAAAAGAUAAAAUCAGUAAAGCAUUCUGUUUUAGGAUUGUCUUUGCAAAGCAAAUACAAAAAGUCAAAAAAGUGAAUAAGCAUUAGGUUUUCCCUGAUGAGGCUGACUCCACAUAAAUUGACUUAAGUAUGCUAAGCAGAGUCAGUUGCAUACUUACGAUGCCAUUAUGUAAUUUACUUGUCGUUGCAGAGCAUUCAGUCUGGUCACCGAGGUCUACUUUAGCUGGCGCAAAAUUUCCAGACAUUCACUUGUAUAAUAGGAUUUGUAAUAUCCUUGUAAUUGCUUCCUGUUUGGUCACAUUCAAAUUUCCUCAGUGUUGAUCACUGACAUGUUUCUGAUCAGGGUCAUUGCUAACGUUUUGAGUGUUUAUUGGUUAAAAAUUGCUUACUGGUUAGACCUUCAGCGUUUUUUGAAAACAUUUGUGCACAUAUAAUCUCAAUAUUGGUAUUGUAAUACUCAAAACCACAUGAUAAGCAGAAAUGUAGCCAAUAAUUUUCUACAACUUUUUUUGUUCAAAGUUCUUCUCUUCCCCUGGCACAACUCAGGGUGAGUUUCUGGCUUCUUGACAAAUAGAAAAAGAACCUAAAAUGUCACUGGAGCGAUAUCAGCUAUCCACCCAUGUUAACCUAGUUCAGCAUUUCAUCUUUCUGUAUCCAGAUCUAUUAAAGGCCAGUUUUUGUCAUUAUUACUUUCAAAUAUCAUCUGAGAUCAGAUAAUAUAGUCUCAGCUCGUAAAGCCCAUCCAUUUAUAUACUUAUCUUGGAGAGCAAUAACAAACUUGACUAAUUUUUGUUUGCUUGUUCAAAAUUCUAAUUUUCACACACUCUGUGGUGUGCUCUAGAAGGUUUGAUUGCAUGAUUUUAACCUCAAGAUCCAGUCUUUUCCUUGUCACCUGGCCCAGGGGUCCACCUAGGACAAGAGAGAAGUGUUGCCAUGAGAACAGACCAUCUGAGUCCUUGGCGGGAAUAAGCAUCGCUCUAGCAAAGACUCCGGGCAUCUGACUUGACUGAGGUCAAAUGAGCCAAACGGGAGAAAGCCUCUUCCAGUGAUGCUGCUCGAAUGUUGGUACGGUGCCAUAGUCUAUAAUGGGCAAUGGCAUCUCACCAGUCAUCUGCUCAAGACUUGGUUUGCUACCACUUGUCCCAGAUCAAUGUUUUGUUCCAUCCCUAUGGCCAUCAAGCUGCCUUUCAAAACUAAGUCUUCUAAAAUCCUAGAAAGUAUCCCAGACUGGCUGAAGGAAUGUGGAGCCCUUGGUGGCCAGAAUUUAGUUUGAAACUCCAAAUAGCAAUUCUAAGACUGCAAAAUCAUGUUUGUCUUCUUAAAUAAUUGUUUUCAGCACAUUUUGAAAAAUGACCUGGAAUGCCCAUGGACAUGCAAUAUUUAUAUCUGUGUUAUCUUUACUGUGAUUCGCUUUGUUAAAAAUGACAUGGGUAAUCUUCAUCAGAUUAUAUAAUAAUAUUUAUUUUCCAUUUAAAAAUUAUUUUGGGUUAUGCAAAUACAGUAGGCUUCAUAUUUGAAUUUUUGAGAGCCAUUGUUUUCCCUAAGCACUCCGACAAUCAGUUGCGGAUGAUGAAAAUUUACUAGGUUUGUCUUUUCCUUGUACUUCGCUUGAUACAGGUCUGGUAGUUAAUCUGCUUUGUAAUGGAUACAAGUAAGAAGGACUUUAAUGUGACAACUGUCACCUCAUAACUGCCUCUUUUUAACUUAUUUUAUAGCCUAUCAUGCAGCUAAUAUAUAGUAGAAUGCAAAUAGCAUAUUCAUGAGUUAAGAUUUUGUUUACAUUUUCUGUCAAGAUUGUUAUUACUUUCAAAGUUCCCAAAAUGUUUAUACUCAUGCACCCUUUUGAGCAAACUCCAGGAGAUGGUGAAGGACAGGGAAGCCUGGCAUGCUUCAGUCCACAGGGUGGCAAAGAGUUGGACACGACUGAGCGACUGAACAGCAACAACCCCUAAUUUCAGUAAUAUUUUCAAGGCCACCCAGCAAGAAUCGCCAACACGCCCCUUUAUUAACUAGUCAGGUCCAAACAACGUAGUAGUCGUGCAUUCCAUGUCUGACUGACGUCACUCCAUGUCUGACUGACGUCACUCCGCCAUCCUGAACAUUUAAACAUGUCCUGUAUGUUUCCUGGGGGUUCCCUGGGGCCUCAGACAGUAAGAAUCCGCCUGCGAUGCAGGAGACCCGGGUUCAGUCCCUGGGUCAGGAAGGUCCUCUGGAGGAGGGCAUGGCAGCCCACUCCAGUGUUCCUGCCUGGAGAAUCCCACGGACAGAGGAGCCUGGCGGCUGCAGUCCAGGGAGUCUCAGAGUUGGAUCCGGCUGAGUGACGAACACCGCCUGACCUGAGUUUGCCGAGUGAGGUCAGCAGACAGGUGACGGGGGGUUAACUCCUUAUGUUCAAUGAUGUGUGGGUCUCACGAAAAGAGGAUUCUUAGGAGAAAAGUUAGAGGCCAGUACUCUUUUUUUUU